AUGGAGGUCAGUGCCAGAGCACCCGGAAAAAUUAUACUAGCAGGUGAACAUGCAGUUGUUCACGGAUCCACUGCUGUGGCUGCCGCAAUCGAUCUCUACACUUACGUCACUCUUGGUUUCCCCACGCCUUCUGAUAAUGAUGAUACACUAAAACUUCAUCUCAAGGAUAUGGACUUGGAGUUUUCUUGGCCAGUUGGAAGAAUUAAAGAAGUUCUCCCUGAUCUUGGUAGCCAUGCUACUUCCUCUCCCUCAUCAUGUUCAUUAGAGACCACCAAAGCAAUUGCUGCUCUAGUUGAAGAACAGAACAUUCCUGAAGCAAAAAGUGGACUUGCUUCGGGUGUUUCAACUUUUCUGUGGCUAUACACGUCCAUUCAUGGGUAUAAACCUGCUAAAACAGUGGUCACUUCUGAGCUGCCUCUGGGCUCUGGCUUGGGUUCAUCUGCUGCCUUAUGUGUUGCAUUUUCAGCUGCUCUACUUGCUCUAUCUGAUUCCGUGACACUUGAUUUUAGCCACCAGGGAUGGCAAAUGUUUGGAGAUAGUGAGCUGGAUCUAGUAAAUAAAUGGGCCUUUGAAGGUGAAAAAAUAAUGCAUGGGAAGCCAUCUGGGAUAGACAACACAGUGAGCACAUACGGCAACAUGAUCAAAUUUAGGUCUGGUGAAUUGACACGCAUCAAGACAAAUAUGCCACUUAAAAUGCUCAUAACUAACACAAAAGUAGGGAGAAAUACGAAAGCGCUGGUAGCUGGCGUUUCUGAAAGGACAAUAAGGCAUCCCAAAGCUAUGGCUUCUGUAUUUUCCGCAGUUGAUUCCAUCAGCUGUGAGUUGGCUUCCAUUAUCCAGUCACCGGUUACAGAUGAUCUUGCCAUAACCGAGAAAGAGGAAAAAUUAGAAGAACUGAUGGAGAUGAAUCAGGGGUUGCUCCGAUGCAUGGGUGUCAGCCAUGCAUCUAUAGAAACCGUGCUUCAAUCAACAUUGAAAUACAAGCUAUCGUCCAAAUUAACAGGAGCUGGUGGUGGAGGCUGCGUUUUGACACUGCUACCAGACCUACUAUCAGGAACAGUUGUUGACAAAGUAAUCUCAGAGUUAGAAUCGUGCGGGUUCCAAUGUUUGAUUGCGGGUAUUGGUGGAAGAGGCAUGGAGAUUAGCUUUAGUGGUACAUCCUAA